AUGAGAACACUUUGUCCUAAUUUCGAGAUGGAAGACGGUUUAGAGACGGUGUUGGAAGUUCCGAUGCCGGAGGAGUUGUUUUGUUCCGACAACAACAAAACAGGAUCUUGGCGAAGUGUCAAGUCUAGUUUGCUCAGGUCACCGCCGGAUAACAGUAGCAGCCUCUCCACUCUUUUUGGUGGCCGUGACGCUCAGAUUCAGAUGCUUCUUGGAAUCAUCGGAGCUCCGUUGAUCCCUCUUCCUCUAUCCUCCGAUCAAGAUGUUCUUGAUCAUCCCAUCUCCAAAGUCAUCAAAAACCAAUCUAUCGAAGCAGCCAUGGCGAAGUACAUAGUGAAGCAAUACACUGCAGCAGCUGGAGGAGAGGUAGCAUUGGGUGGAGUAGAGAGCAUGUAUGCCAUGGGAAAGGUUAAAAUGGGAGUGACAGAGUUCUGUGCAGCGAAAACCCUAAAUGGAAAGAGGAAGAAGAAGAUGGUGAGGAUAAAAAAUCUGAACAACGGAAACGGAGGAGAGAUGGGCGGUUUCGUGUUGUGGAAGAAAGGUUCGAGCCAAUGGAGUUUAGAGCUUGUGGUUUCCGGUUGUAAAGUCAGUGCUGGUUGUGAUGGUAACGUAGCUUGGAAGCAAAGUCCUUGGCUCUCACAUUCUAGUGAACCUUCUGGACAUCUCAGAAGAUUCCUUCAAGGACUAGAUCCUAAAACCACAGCAGAUUUGUUCGCGGGAUCGGUUUGCGUGGGAGAAAAGGUAGUUAAUGAUGAAGAAUGCUUCGUACUUAAGGUCGAGACGCAGCCUUCAGGGAUCAAAGCAAGAAGCACGAACGGUAUGGAGACAGUGAAGGAGACAGUGUGUGGCUGUUUUAGUCAAAGAACAGGACUUUUAGUCCAACUAGAGGACGCUUGUCUCGUACGGAUCAACACUGGUCUUGAAGAAGAAGAUGUGGCCAUAUGGGAAACAACCUCUGAGACAAUGAUCCAAGAUUAUAAGAGCGUUGAUGGGAUUCAGAUUGCUCAUAGAGGAAGGACACGAGUAUCUUUGUUAAGGCUUGAUGAGAGCUUAGAGAGUCAUUCAAAGACUACAAUGGAAGAGAGUUGGGAGAUUGAAGAAGUGGGUUUUAAUGUGAAGGGUUUGUCUUCGGAUUUCUUCUUGCCUCCAGGUGACUUGUGUAGCAAGGAAAUUGAAGAAAGUGGGUUUAACUUCGGAGAUUAUAGUAGCCCUAUGAUGAUUCCAUUGAAGGUUAGUUCAACUCCAUGGAAACUCAAGUCCUCUAAAGUCAGAGCUAUUGAAGAUUUUAGUGAAUUUGAGGGAUAAAGAUGAAGACGUUUCAAAAUAUUUUUCCAAUUGUAAAUUGAUCUUCAUAUUAUCUGUUUGUAAAUUGUAUGUGAAAUAUUUAGGAGAAAAGUGCUUGUAUAACAUUAAUAGCUAGCAAGCCGUUUUCCUACAGUCUCAUUUAUGUAUUCC